CUUUCUGUUUGUGGCUUUCUAGUAGAGGUUGGAGAUUAUUCUUAUUCUUUUUUUAUACUGAUUAACUUUACAGCCAUUACCUUUUACCUCUAACCACUUGCUUGGGCUACGUCUGUUAUCUAAUAUGUCAUGCUGCACAAAGAGGAACUACAAGUCAGAGUUCAGCUUUGUUAAUAAUUACUCCACUAGAAGAACAUUUUGAAAAGGAUCAGCCCAGAGAAGACUUUUCGCAAACAGCAGACAAACAGCCACCAUGGCGUUGGAGCAGCGGCUCUCCAUUUGUGUGUUGCUGACACUUUGUGCAACAUGGAGUGCUAAUGGAGGGAACAUUCUAGUGUGGUACACUGAAGGCAGCCACUGGAUUAACAUGAAGCCUGUGCUAGAUAAGCUGAUCGACAGGGGACACCAGGUGACUGUCCUUGUCCCGAGCACAUCAAUGUUCAUGAACAUCAACGAGUCUUCACGCUUUCGCUACGAACCGUUCGAUGUGUCCGUCUCAAAAGAGGACAUGGAACAGUUCCUUGAAGAUUUCCUUCACUUCUCCAUGUAUGAGAUGGAUCAAAUGAGUUACUUGCAGAUUUACAUCAGAUUCAUGAAUAUGAUGAAGACCGACAUGAAGUAUUCUUUGCAGUAUUUGGACGGCGUGCUGAAAUCAGAAACCAUCUUAAAGAAGCUGAAGGAGGGAAAAUAUGACCUUCUCCUGGCUGACCCCAUCAUGCCUGGCAGUGACUUAACAGCAGAGAUUUUGGGAGUGCCCCUGGUCUUCUCUCUCCGCUUUUCCUUAGCCAACAACUGGGAGAGGCAGUGUGGUCAGCUACCUGCUCCACCUUCCUUUGUCCCCGGUGCUAUGAGUAAACUGACAGACAAGAUGGACUUCUCAGAGAGAGUGUGGAACUUUCUCUUCUAUGCACUGCAGGACAUUGUCCUGAAUAACAUUUACUGGAAAGAAGUAGAUAAAUAUUACUCUGAAAUCAAAGGGACUCCCACCGAUGCCUGUGAGGUGAUGGGUAAGGCGGACAUCUGGCUGAUACGAACCUACUGGGACUUCGAGUUCCCUCGUCCUUUCCUCCCUAACUUCAAAUUUGUUGGUGGGAUCCACUGCAGACCUGCUAAACCUUUGCCAAAGGAUAUGGAAGAAUUUGUGCAGAGUUCAGGAGACGCUGGCAUCGUGGUCUUCACUUUGGGAUCCAUGAUCAAGAACAUCACCACAGAGAAGGCAAACAUCAUCGCCUCGGCCCUCGCUCAGAUCCCACAAAAGGUGCUGUGGAGAUACAUGGGAGAAAAACCAGAGACUCUGGGUGACAACACCAGAAUAUACAACUGGAUCCCUCAGAAUGACCUGCUGGGUCACCCCAAGACCAGAGCUUUCAUCACCCAUGGCGGCACAAAUGGGAUUUAUGAGGCCAUCUACCACGGAAUUCCUAUGGUGGGCAUCCCCAUGUUCGCUGACCAGCCAGAAAACAUGGUCCAUAUGAAGGCUAAGGGAGCAGCAGUUAUCAUGGACUUAAACGUCAUGAAGACUGAGGACCUCAGAGAUGCAAUCAAUACCGUUAUCAAUGACAAAUCGUACAAGGAGAAUGCCAUGCGGCUGUCCAGUAUCCACCAUGAUAGACCCAUGAGUGCUCUGGACGAAGCCAUAUUCUGGAUAGAGUUCACCAUGAGAAACAAUGGAGCUAAGCACUUAAGGGUCCAGUCGCAUGAACUUACCUGGUACCAGUAUCACAGCCUGGAUGUCCUGGCUUUCCUCUUCACUGUCACUCUGCUGCUCAUUCUUCUCUUCAUCAAGAUGUGCAGUUUCUGCUUCCGGAGGUGCUGUGCCAGAAAGGGAAAGACAAAGAAAAAGGCUGAGUGAUGGACUGAAUUCAAAAGUAGCUUGUAAAGAAGUAAUUGCUGAAAAAAAGACCAAUAGUUCAAUGGAUGCCAUGUUGAUCUAAAGCAUGUAAAGUAACCACAAUGUUCUUGCUUUGAAACAAAUUAGGGGCAGAAAAUUUAAGCCAUGGAAAAAGCAAACUUACAGAAUCCGGUUUCUAGUUAAACUCCUUGGUUUGGAUAGUAAUCUGUAGCUAAAGAGGAAUAUUGCUUUUGUUGUUUGUUCCACUUAUUUUACUACCACAGGCUCAAAAACCUGAAGUAAAGACACUCUUAAUCCACUACACUGACAAACAGCAUGUAUUUGAUUUCUAGUACAAGACUAAAUUUCUCAUUUGUUCCCUCAUGUAUAGCCAGUAAUUAGUGCAACUCCUCACAGGUGCAUGCCAAUUUAUACAACUGCACCUGCAGCCAAUUUAACACUAAAAGCUGGACUGUCAUUGGCCAAUGUAAGUUUGGGAAGGGAAAAAAAAAAGAACAGACAGAGGGAUUUUAUUCUGUGCCUUUACUUAAAUAAUACACCCCACUGCUUCAGGGUCUCUUAGCACACUCCAGCACGAUCACAAAUAUUUAUGCAUGGACACACGGGCUGCAACUCAAACUUUAACAUACAGAAAACACUGUAUUAUAACACAAAUCAAGUGAUGUAAUCAAACUAAAAAAAAUAAACAGCCCCCCCAGAUACUCAGAACAGAGCUACACACAUUUGCAUAACAGCAUUUAUCAUGUCAUAUGUGAACAGUGUGGGGAUUAUAUUUAGUUUUAUUUCCAUCAUUUUUUCAGUUUUCCAUCUUCUUUGACCUUCCACAACAUAAGCUCCAUGCAGGCAACAGCAUCUUCCGCAGUGUCAUGGCCACAAACUGGGAGAAACAGUAAUACAUUAUGUAAACACAUGCAAACAAUGAGUCAACAUCCUCAUGAAUAAAUCAGUUAUAU